CGUUUCGUUUGGGUUGACCUGAAAGUCUUCUAUUUUCAGAGUCCUCUUUUGCUCCCUAAAGCUUUACUUCCCCACAGUUGUUCGUCUCAGAGGCCUUGUUCUAUCUGCGGCGAUCGGCAGAGUUUCUCAAUAUGAUUGCAACUGAAACCAUGGUAGCAAACAAGAAGCUCAAUAUUAAAUUCUCCAUGAAAAGAAUAGAAGCCAAUCUUGAUAAUCAGGCAUGUGGGCUGGAGCAGCUGGAAUCAUUAGUUGAUGAGUGGAAUCGUAGUAGUUCUGUGAAUGGAAGUAAUGGAUCUGAGAGGAAAAAGAUGCACAGUAUUUGUCGUUCUGAUGGUACAAAGAAACUGGAACCCGAGUAUCCGAAGGAAAAAUUCUCUAGGCCGGGGUCAAAAAAGCGUGGACCUCCAGAGUUGAUAGAGUGUCCAAAAGAGAAGAGGCAAAGGAUGGAUCGUAGUGUGACUUCUCAUUGUUCCACAAUUUUGAAAAAACUGAUGUCUCAUCCAGCUGGUUGGGUUUUCAACAAACCAGUCGAUCCUGUGGCUUUGAACAUUCCGGAUUAUUUCACAAUUAUAUCCAACCCCAUGGAUCUGGGAACAAUAAAGUUUAAACUGGAGAAAAAUAUGUAUUUUGACACAGAAGGGUUUGCGGCUGACAUCAGACUAACCUUUUCUAAUGCCAUGCUUUAUAAUCCUCCGGGUAAUAGCGUCCACAAAAUGGCACAGGAAUUAAACAAUGUUUUUGAGACAAGAUGGAAAUCUUUUGGGGAAAAGUGGGAUUAUGAAAGCUCAAAGGUUGGGCAAAGAAAACUAUCAACUGGAAAGGUGACGGAGACUAUUGAUACCAGACAGGGUGUUCAAAAAGCUCCUCUGCGUAAUAAUUUGUUGAUUAAGAGGUCAUUGCCUACCAUUGAGAAGGUCAAGAGUUCUGAUGGAAGAGAUGUGGAAGUCAUGAAGAUUGCACGGGACUGCACUCAGAAAUCGUCAGGAAAUGACUCUCACAAAGGAAUUGACAAUAGUAGUAGACAUGCCCGUGCCUCUGUCAAUAAUGAACCUCUGGAACCUCCAUCAAUCCUGAUUGCUUGUAGAUGUGGUCAAUGUGGCGCCAUUACAUGCCUGUGUAGCCUACCUUGUAAUGCAACUAAUGCAUCCUCAAGUGAUUUAUCUUCAGAAAGAUCAUUGGACAGAGACCAUCGCAUUUGUGGUUUUGAUGCUUCCAGACAGGCAAUAAGCGGGUCAUCAUCCCACAUAAGCAAGUCAGAUCCGGAUUCUGAUGGGGCUGUAAGUGCUUUGGAUUAUGAAAAUGCAUGCCUUAGUUCUCGGCCCACGCCUCCUGCAACAGAUCCUGCUUCUGAAGGAGGAUGUUCAGUUUUUGAUGAAGAGCUGUCACCAAAGAAGGCUCUACGUGUUGCAAUGCUAAAGAGCCGCUUUGCAGAAACUAUUCUGAAAGCACAACAUGGGAAACUUCUUGACCAUGGUGACAAAGCUGAUCCUUUGAACUUGCAGCAGGAAAAGGAAAGACUGAAAAGGAGACAGUCUGAAGAGAGGGCUAGGAUUGAAGCUCAAAUGAGAGUGGCAAAAGCAGCCUCACAAAUAAAGGAAGAGGCUGAGCAGAAGCAGCAGCGUGAAAGAGAAAGGGAAGCUGCUCGAGCUGCGCUUCAUAAGAUGGAAAGGGCUGUUCAUCUUGAGGAGAAUUUAUGGAUUCAGAAGGAACUUGAUAUGUUACUUGGCUGUUCUCUAUCUUGCUCGCGAACCCUAUUGGAGAAACUAGGUUUGUUUAUUAAAGAUGAAUCCAUGGAGGAUGAUGAGGUGAAUUUGAAUGUAGAUGGGGAGGAAGGGGAGAUUUUUUCAUGAAGAUGAACCCUACUCUACUCUACUCUACUCUACCCUACCUUAUAGUUUCAAGUCUUCCUUUUUGCCUGGCUAUGCCUGUUUAUAUCAUUAUACUGGAGGAAAAAGGGACUUGGCUCAUAAAUGACUAUUUUUUACCUUUUACCGGCUCGGGGUUGCUUAAGGUUUGGAAAUUGGGGCGGGGGGGUGGUGGGAAGAAGUAAUAGAUAAAUUCAUAUAAGAUGCAGUUUGAGUUAGAGAGUGUUGUUGCACCCGUUUGUCGUACCAGGACAUCUCUUUCUGCUGUGUCAUGUUUUCUCUGUUUAUUGUACUUGCAAAAUAAAAUGAAAGAAGAAAUAUUAGAGUUGGUUAA